AUGAAACCUUUAAAAAAAAUUGCAGCACAUAAAAAUCCAAAAUUAAAUUUAGAAAAUCGAAUGUCGAUUUAUGUUGGACCUUUAUCUUAUCAUGUUAGAAGAUAUAAAAGAUUAGCUCUGCUAUUUUGUACUUGUGGUUUUUUACUUAUACCUUCUAUUUAUAUUUAUGGAAAAGCACCUAUCGUUGGUGCAGCCGGAGCCGGAAUAUCAGCGAUAGUUCCAUUAUGUUUCAUAAAUUACUUAAGUGCAACAUAUGUAUCUCGUAUAUUCAUUUAUCUUCCUCCACAACGUCGCUAUGAGCCUUCUUUGAGAAAAUCAUUUAAUCCGUAUACCUUACAUUCUUCAGGAGAUCCUUAUCUUACAGUAGAAACUUUUGAUUGGUUAGGAAGAAUAGAAGAAACCACUCUUAGAUUAUCCGAGUUAAAAGAAAUUCAAAAUAAGGGACUUCAAUGGGUGACUUGGAUAAGGCGAGGAGAAAAUAAUAAAGAGAGAAAAAAAUUUUAUGUAGAGAAAAAAAUCUUGAAACAAGAUGUUUUUUCUAAAGGAUUACUUGAAUGGAUCGAAAAACAAAGUGGGUUGGAACAAAUUCAAGGAUCAAGCAUUGAUAAGAAAUAA